UGAGAAUGACGCGUGCGUCAUACGUCUGUCGUAAAUCUAGUACCGUUUUUCUGGUGAUAUUUUGCAACAUCAUCCUGUAAACGAGAGACUGCACAAUCCAUCCCGUCUAAUGGUUCUCUCUCGAACCAGGUCAAAUAAGAUGCUGCCGCCAAUCGCGAUCUAAUUACUUAUUUUGUAUUAUUUCCGCAAAAUUUUUAUGCUCCACUAAAUAUCAAUAAAGAAAAGUGGCUUUGCAUUUUUUUGCACUUCUCCUCAUAUAAGUAGUAGAUUAUCGGCCGUAAUAGACAUUGUAACGGGUGUCACUGCAGGAGCAUGAAGUUCUUGGUGCUGUUGGGUGUUUUAAUUUUGAUAUCGGCGUCAGGUGCCGAAAAUUCGCACGGACUAACCAUACUUUCGAAAAUUCUGAGGCAGUACAUAAACAGUCAGCCGGAGGAUCUAAAGCUGGGAGAUGGGGUGCACAUUAUUAACACGCGGAGUGAAAACGACGCCAGAGCCAACAUGGACGACGGGACAGUUUUGGGUGCGGUGGAGAAUUACUUGGAGAGCCACGAGGUUAGGAUAAAGCUGCCCGAACUAAUGCCAGGUGAAGGUUUCGGCAGGGCUUUCAAGACCGCCGUGGAUGAGUUUGAAGGGAAGCCCGACGAAAGUUCGCCUAGAGGAGGUGGAGGUGGUGGGGGUGGUAAGGGAGGCGGCGGAGGAGGAGGCGGAGGGGGAGGAGUCAUGCUUAUGGGUCUCAUGAUGGGCAAGAUGAUGGCCGCGUUAGGUAUCGGAGGGGUGGGCCUUCUCGCAAUGAAGGCACUCAUGGUGUCCGCCUUGGCUCUGAUGCUAUCCAUUAUCAUUGGUCUAAAGAAACUGGUUCAUCACGAUGAUCACGACGGUGGCCACCACGUGAUCCACGCGGGCCACGGCCACGAAUACAAAAGGAAGAAGAGAGAAGCGGCGGAAAUGGCCUACCGCGCUUGGCAGGCGUAUAAAACGCGGUAGCCUCGCGGAUCUCUCGGCCAUUACCUUAUUUAUUAUGACUUAGUUUUUAGUAACCGUCAUUCGUCAUCGCUAUCAUUUUCUCUUUUAAUUUUCAACACCUUAAUAAGCGCCAUUUCUCAUCAUCACAGCCAUUUUCAAUUUCUUGCGAAAUAAAUGCUAUAUUUUUAUAGGUUGCUUAUACGCACGGAAAACAGUGCAUAACUUGAAAUUUUGUUAAUACGAAUUUUCCAUCGUCAUUAGAGGCAAUCAUUUUUCGCGAAUGUACCAAAACUCGAGAGAAUACCUAACGUAAAUUUAUUGUAAAUAUUACCAACUUGGUUGUUUCGGCGUAUUAUUUCGCAAACUCGAAUUUCUGUUCCUUCAGUGUCACUCAUUCUGAUCAUCCGCUCGCCGCCAUCACUCGCAAAAAAAAAGAAAAUAUUUGUUACAUAUGUUAUUUAUUUUGUUGUUUGUUACUAGUUGUGAACGUUUCAAUAAAAAGAAGUGCUUGAAUAAAAAAAAUGA